CCAAUCCAUAAAAAGAUGCUCGCUACAUUAUCUUCACGCCACCACUGCAUUAUCUUCACACCACUUCUCUUAUCAGAAAGAAGAUAAUGUCAUAUGGACUCCUCCACUGUCUUACUACAGUGGGUUGCCUCGAAACUGAGAACAGCGGUUGUUAAUGACAUUGCUAAAGACUUCUGCGAUGGGACGGUACUAAUGGAGCUGACAGUGCUGCUGCUCACUGACAACGAGGCAGCAGUCUCCGAGGCUCUGGGGAAGUUUACUGACACCCCCACUACCAUGUCUCACUCUCUGGAUAAUAUUAAGAGUGUUUUGGCUUGUCUAGCUUCUGAUGGCACUCAUCUUGAUGUCAAGCCUCUUGAUAUCUUUAGGGGAAAGCGUGAAGUUGUGGUGGGGAUACUAGAAGUUCUGCGGAGUAAAUACGAUAAUAUCUUGUCAGACACCAGAUCCUCUACCUUGACAAAACAAGAUAUUAUAACUGGAGAAUCCACACUCACCAAACAGGAUAUUAUAACAGAUUGGACCAGAUCUGUUUGCGAACAUACCGAGAGUUUGCGACAAGAGCGGCACACUCCAGUGCUGGAGUCAGAUCACAGUGACCACGACACAGGAUUUAUAGAACCGAGCAGUAACGGUAGUGGGGGUGAAGAAGAGGGGAGUAGAGAGGAAGCAGGAUCAGGUGCUGCUCUCCAGAUCACAUCUGCUGAUGUGCUGUCACCUGAACCCCGGCCUCAGGAUGAGAGUUACUCCAGCAUCGACGUGAUCGAGGUUGACGAGAAGUUGGUGAGAGCCGACUCAAGGAUUGUACUGUCGCACGAGUCGUGUCGGAAGGCGUGUGUAUACGUCUCAAUAUCAAUGAAAUACGAGGUGACAGAUGUAGCAGCUAGGGACUCCUUUCUGAAGCAAGCUACAAAGAACUAUACGCUAUCAGGGUGCGAGGUGCCCCAUAAGGACCUUAGUAAACUUAGUUUAGGUUAUCUGAACCUCCUGGUGACCAGCUCAUAUACACGGAGUCUCCGGACGAAGAGUGUUGGGAUCUACUCUCCCUUCCUACUCGGACUACAAACCGUCAACAUCGCUGACUGUAUCCCAGAAAGCCGCCAGCUGUUUGCCCACGUGCUACGGGGUCGUGUCAAACUGACUGCCCACCAGAAGUCUGAACAUGUCAAGUUUACAAUGAAGAAUGUCAGCAAAGCGAAAGUCCAUGUUGUCAUUCCUGAGGGUACUGUGUGGCAGCAGGUCGAACUAAACGGUGACUCACACGUGGUGACAAUAGAAAGCACUGUACGAGCUUUAUACCCAGAAGAGACUGAAGUGGUCAACAUUCCCUCUCUCUAUCUCAACCGACAGGGGGGUAGGAACAGAGGACAACCUCUAGCUCUGACUCCCUUUAUAUUUAGGGGGCCGUUAGGGGACCAGGAGAGGUUGUUUGGGUACAGUGACCCGGAUGAAGAGGGGCAUUUCAGGUUCUGUCAGGAUUGUAACGGGGUGAUAUGUCGUGACAUGUACGGGGUGUCCUACCACCAGAACAGACCUUACCAUCUGGAGUGUGGGCCUGCAUGUACCAAGUGUGGGCUCCCUUGUCUCUCCCUUUUCGUCAAGGAGGAAGACAAACCCUACUGCUCCCUGGAAUGUUACUACCUGUCCGGACCCGGAGUUCAGUACUGUAACAAGUGUGGCUACGUCCUGGCUCCCUCUGACAAGGGUAUGGUCCACAGACGGUCCUGUCCUAAGACCUGUAGGAUCUGCACCAUGCUCUGUUUGGACCUGGAGCAUUUCCCCGGCCCUGUCUGCUCCAAACUUUGUAGGGAUUGGGACACGUCAAAAAACAGAAUCUGCCAAGGUUGCGCUCAACCCAUCAUUCACAAAUCAACCUCGAUAGAGAUUGACAAGAUGUUCUUCCACUCGGUGCACUGUUUUAAGCUCCGAGCAACAUCUCCUCCUCUCAUUGUGCAGCGGGCCAUGGUCAGGGGGAAAUCAUACGAAGUUCAGGAACUGAGGAGGCUGUGUAAGGUGGAAUUUGAGAAGCGAUCAGAACGGAGGCGCGAAGCUCUCAGACUAAGAAAAGAGGAGAGAGAACGAAGCCACAACCUCCAAAACGUAAUGGACUGCAUCACCAAGAUUGAGGGGAUCAAUAAAGAGGACGGCGAUAGGAAAUACGGGACUCUUCAACCGAAAAGAAGAAACAAGCCGGAAGUGGAGCAAAGGACGCGGUCUCUGUCCUCUGCUGGGGAACAAAGCUCUGUUAAAAUAGACCAGAGCAGGAAGAGAACAAACACUAAACGUCCGGGUGACUUGACCAGCUGGAGCGAUACAGGCAGCUUUUUAGACCUACUCUUCUCCUCAGACGAGGAGGACGGAACUAGACCCUGCAGGUUCGCAAGAUCUACUUCUGAUCGGAGGAGUAUUGAUUCUCAGAGGAGGAAGCAACCUCUGAACUUUGAGAAGAGGAAGUUGAACAGAGGAUUCCCCAGUGGGGACAAACAAUCGAAACAAACAAGAGCAAGGACUCGAAUGAAGAGCACAGAGUCUGAAUCUUCUGAUACAAUGAUGAUAUCCUGUCCGGCUAGACCCUCUAAACGGUUCUUAUCACUCAAGAGAUCUGCUUCAAAGGGGAGCACUGGCAGUACUGCAUCGUCUUGUUCAAACCCGAUCAGUCCAGUUCCGAAGAUGGAGUUUGAGAGACCCAACCUGUUUGAUCAGCUGAGAUGUGAGCAGCAGGUUGACAUGGAAUCUAACACUGUUCCUCAGAGGACUAACGGAAGAUCCUCAUAUGGAAGACAAAAGUCCGCACCUCCUGCCAGGACUAACGUACGGUCGAGCCCUGUUCAUAUUGUUCCCAACAUAAAACAAUCUCGCUCAAAAGACUCAAUGAUUUCUAGGUUCGCUCAACAAAGAAAUACUGCAACCAAACAGUUAAGAUCUGAGCAUACGAUUCAAGUUCACAAAGACUGUCCCAGACUCUCUCCGGACGAUCGCACUCUCAGAACACCGUCCAGUGACGGAGGCUACUACUCUGGUAAAAACCUGAGUCCAAAUGAAAUAAGUAACGGCCAAACUUCCAGAUCAAAAAGUGUUCCACACUCCCGGAGCAAAUCGGCUAAUGAAGGCCCAAGAAAAGUAUCUCCUACUUUUGAUAUGUUGUUUGAUGACGUCACCGAGACCAGGUCCCCUCCUACCAGGGGUUAUCAAACCUUACCAAAGAAGGCCACACCCAUGGUUGAGAGUAGGACUGUUGAUGACCCCUUGGUUAUGGCCCUUGCGGGGAAUUCCCUUCGAUCUCAACCUUAUCACAAAAAAUCAAACUUCAUAUCUUCAAGAAAGCCCCGUGUCACCACACCUGAAGAUGGCCCGGUUGUUGUGGAACCUCCGAGGUUAACAAAACCAUUGACAGAUGCCCAGAGAAGGUACGAGAGAAGAUUCUCUAAAUCCCAGACAAUGACCAGAUCAGUUGAGCCAGUUGAGAGAGACCUGCUGGACCGGCCUCCCACUCCACCCUACCCCGUUGAGAUGCUCACCAGCACCUCUGGUUACUCUUUGGACAUGAUUAAUCCUGAUCUGAAAUCUGAAACCUGGACCUGUCCGCGGCUGGAGGAUGCUCUCCAGGAGCCCUCCUCGCAGAACGAGAGUGAUGCAACUGUAAGAUCAGAGAUGACUGAUUCGAUCUUCCCUGAUUUGGACUUGGAGAUAGAGGCCCAACUCCUGGAUUUGGAGAAUGAACUUGGGGAGGAGCUAUCGGAUGAGGACAAUAUGGAGAGGAUUGUGGACGGCGCAGGAAUAAUGUCCUUAUCUAGUACAAGUCGUUCUAGUGCAAGUCUUUCUAGCCGUUCUCUCCCUCAUCAUCUCAUCAUGCAAGAUGCUGGACUCUGAGGAUUUAAGAUCUUGGAUCUAUUUCAAGUACUACAAAUCAAUGGGUUGAUGUGAUUACUCCACUGUAUUGACUAUGAAUUCUUGUGAUGGCCACUGAGAAUCCGAGUAUCAGAAAAAUAUAACGAACAAUGUUAAGAAUGUUUCAACUAAACUGUGAUUCUAACUCUGAUUCCAACAAAACAAUUCAAUGUUGUGAUAAUAUCAGUGGUUUUGAUCGAAGCCUCUGAUCAGAUAAAGACUGUUAUGACUAUAUAUAGGAUUGUUUGUACCUCUAGGACUAGUUAUAUGAAGGUAUAAAACCCUUUUAGAAAUCAAAUAAUGGAUCAAUGGAAGUUAAAAAGUAUGAAGUUGUUGUUGGCUAGCAAGAUUGUAAUGCUUCUUGUAAAUACAUUUAAAAAUUCUGUGGAAUUUGAAUGCGAAAUAAAAAUGACAUCUUUUUAAUAGAUGAUACGCUAUUUUCCGUGACGUAAAUUCUCAUUCUAAGUUAACUUUUACGACGAUUUAAAUUAUGGUACGAUGUUCUUGUGAUUUGAAUGCAAAAUAAGAAUUUCAUACAAAUAUUGA